UGCUGUUCGUGGUCUGGAGAUGAGUGAUGGCCUGUGAGUGUGUCCAACAGCCCAACACCAAGACCUGAUUAGCCGCUUUCGUUAGGUAAGCGAGCAAUCGAAGGAUUCUCGUAUGCGUGUGACAGCAACGUAUCGACAGGGCAGCGCGUACCACACCCAGCUGAUCGGUACCAGCUUACAGGGGGAUUCGCAAUGCCACUGGAGUCGCGCCUGCUCGGCAUCUUGCUCGAACACUAUGCGAUCGUCGCUGUCGUCGUGAGCGCGGUGUACGCAGCUGUUCUCGUCGCUCACCGCCUCUUCUUCUCGCCUCUUGCCAAAUUCCCCGGUCCGAAGAUUGCGGCGGUCACCACUUGGUAUGAGUUCUACCAUGACUACUUCCGAAAAGGGAAAUAUGUUUUCAAGAUCAAGGAGAUGCACGACAGAUAUGGACCUAUAGUCCGCAUUACUCCACAUGAGUUGUCGAUCCACGACCCGGAAUUUUACAACUCGCUAAACGUAUCUGGGAGCGUCAGGAAGACCGAUAACUAUGAAGGCUUUGCGCGCGGCAUCGACUUUGAUGACACCCAUUUCCUCUCAACAUCGCACGACCUACAUCGUCGGCGACGUAAACCUCUAGAACCAUUUUUCUCUCGUGCAGGUGUCACCAAGCUUGAGCCAAUGGUUGGGGAAGUGGCCAAACGCUUCGUCCGGCGGCUCGACAGCUUUCAGGGCACCGACCAAGUGAUUCGCCUCGAUCACGCAUACGUAGCACUUGCUGCUGAUGUGGUGGGCAAGAUUUGCUUCGAAAGCAAAUCUAACAUGAUCGAUGAGCCAAGUUUCGGUGUGGAGUGGUACAACCUGCUUCACAAUUUCAUUCACUCGCUCCCCUUGGUGAUGGCAUUUCCUCAGCUCAUCAAGAUUCUCAAUGUGAUACCUUCCGAGAUCCUACGCUGGCUUGAUCCACGCUUGGUAACGUUCGAGAAAUUCCGGGACUUCGCUCGCCAGCACAUAAUCGAUGCCAAACGAGAGCUAGAGGAGAAGCCAGACUACGAAACCUUCGAGACUCGGAACUCUGUGUUUCGACAUCUCCUCACGAGCGGGCUUCCGGAGAGCGAUCUCUCCGUCGAGAGAUUGACCAAGGAAGCGCAAAUCUUCUUGGGGGCCGGCAGCAUCAGCGCAGCUCGUACUCUUGACUUCAUCAGCUACUACAUCAUCGCGAACGAGAACUAUCUCACAAGGUUACAAUUGGAACUGGCUCCUCUCAUGGGAGACUACCCCAAGCAGCUACCGUCAUUUGUCGAGUUAGAGCGGCUUCCCUUCCUACAAGCAUUGGUCAAAGAGGGAUUGCGACUAAGCUAUGGCGUCAUGCACCGUAUGCCUCGUGUAUCGCCGGAUCAACCUAUCGUCUAUAGAGACUGGGUCAUUCCGCCUGGGGUCGCUGUUGGAAUGUCAGCAUAUAUGAACCACACAGACCCGAAUAUCUAUCCAGAUCCCUUCACCUUCAAUCCUGAACGUUGGUUAAAGGAUGUCACGCCCGCAAUGACCCGAUGUCUGGUCCCGUUCUCUAAGGGAUCACGGAACUGCCUUGGCAUGAAUCUGGCAUACAUGGAGUUAUAUAAAACACUCUCGACUGUGUUUCGACCAGGAGGCCCAAAGCUUGAACUGUUCGAGACGGACGAGAGCGACAUCGUCCAGGCCCAUGAUUACAUCAUUCCGUUGCCCAAUCUGGACAGCAAAGGUCUACGCGUCAAAGUGGUCUAGAAAUAGAACGGCUCCUGGUAUACAUGUGGCAUAAGGGUCUAUUGCGUAGUAGUCUCUGGCGUGCAUGUAGGCAUUAAUUCCUCGUACUGAUAUAUAUUAUUUGGAGCUAGUAUUGUACGUCGGUGCCAAAUUUCUCUAAGAAUGACC